AUGGCUCUUCUUCAAGCCCGUGUUAAAAGUGUCCCGUCAGGCGACACCUUGAUCAUCACCAACCAGAAGGGUGCCGAACGCACUCUGUCGUUGGCUUACAUCAGCGCCCCUCGAUUGAAGAGGGAGGGUGACGAGCCAUUUGCCUUCCAAUCCCGUGAAUUUCUUCGAGAGCAACUUCUCGGGAAAGUCGUCCAAUUUCAGGUCCUGUACGCCAUUCCUACCACCAAACGAGAAUACGGCCGAGUCAAGCUUCCCAAUGGCUCUGAAUUUCCCGAUCUGAUCGUGCAGGAAGGCUGGGCUAAAGUGCGAGAGGAUGCAGGCAAAAAGGAGGACGAUGAAAACGCAUUGGCAUACCUAGACAAGCUCCGGUCUUUGGAGAGCGAGGCCAAGUCGAAUAUCAGAGGCCUCUGGGCCAAAGGUGGCCAAAUAGAGAACUCUUCUGAAGUCUCUGAUCCGAAUGCCUUGGUGGAGCAAUACCAGGGAAAGAAGGUCGAUGCCAUCGUGGAACGUGUUCUCACUGGCGAUCGAUUGAUUGCCCGACUGAUGCUUACACCUACCAAACAUGUUCAAACCAUGCUGGUCCUAGCCGGUGUGAGAGCUCCUGCUACGAAGCGAACUUCUCCCGAAGGCAAAGAUGUUCCGGCCGAACCUUUCGGUACUGAGGCUCACGCGUUUGUGGACGAGAGACUACAUCAGCGUAAAUGCGCGGUUGAACUCCUCGGUGUGACGCCGCAAAAUCAGCUCAUUGCGAAUGUCCUACAUCCGAAAGGAAACAUCGCAAAGUUCCUCCUUGACGCUGGUCUGGCUCGAUCAAAUGACCAACAUGUCACUCUCCUCGGCAACGAAAUGGCCCAGUUCAGAAAUGCGGAGAAUGGAGCAAGGAAUGCCCGGAGAGGAGUCUUUACCGGCGUGUCUGCCACCAAGGCUGCCGGUGUCCAGGAUGCCGAUUUCACCGUGUCCCGAAUAUUGAACGCCGAAACGGUCUUUAUCCGAACCCGUUCGGGUGAGGAACGAAAAGUGACCCUUUCCAGUAUCCGACAACCCAAACCCUCAGAUCCAAAGCAAGCACCGUUUGGUGCUGAGGCCAAGGAGUUUUUGAGAAAGCGCUUGAUCGGAAAACAUGUCAAGGUGACCAUUGAUGGCAAGAAGCCUGCUUCAGAAGGCUUUGAGGAGCGAGAAGUGGCCACGGUGCUUGUCAGUGGAAAGAACAUUGCAUUGACUUUGGUGGAAGCGGGAUAUGCUUCUGUGAUACGCCAUCGACGGGAUGAUGACGACCGUUCGCCAGACUAUGACGCUCUUCUACUUGCUGAGGAAUCAGCCCAGAAGGACGAGAAAGGAAUGUGGUCUCCAAAAGCGCCAACAGCCAAACAAUAUCAAGACUACUCAGAAAGCCUACAGAAAGCUAAAAUGGAGGCAUCGGUUUUACAGAGACAGAAAAAGGUCCCUGCCGUGGUGGACUUUGUUCGCGCGGGUUCUAGAUUCGUGGUCCUGGUCCCUCGAGAAAAUGCAAAACUUACGUUUGUUCUCUCCGGCAUCCGUACGCCAAAACCGGCACGACAGCCGGGUGACACCGCUGAACCUUUCGGACAAGAAGCAUACGAUUUUGCCAAUCGAAGAUGCCUGCAACGAGAUGUCGAGAUCGAUGUGGAGAAUACCGACAAAGUCGGCGGAUUCAUCGGUACCAUGUAUGUUGGACGCGACAAUUUUGCCCGAGCUUUGGUCGAAGAGGGUCUCGCAGAAGUACAUGCUUAUUCGGCUGAGCAAAGUGGUCAUGCGAAUGAACUCUUUGCCGCACAGAAAAAGGCCAAAGAGGCCCGAAAAGGUAUGUGGCACGACUGGGAUCCCAGCAAAGACUUGGAUGAAGAUGAGGCUGGGCCUCGGUCGAAUGGUGCAGAGGGUGCGAAUGGAGACUCGGCCGAAACGACUUCAAGAAGAAAGGAUUACCGCGACGUGAUGGUGACGCAUGUCGACGAGACCGGCAAACUCAAGAUCCAACAGAUCGGAGCGGGAACUGCGAGCUUGACGGAGCUGAUGACGGCAUUCAAAUCAUUCCACUUGAACAAGGCCAAUGAUCAACCUCUCCCUGGACCUCCCAAGGUUGGGGAUGUUGUUGCAGCCAAAUUCACCGUGGACAAUGAGUGGUAUCGAGCCAAGGUUCGCAGAGUUGAUCGGGAAGGAGGGAAGGUCGAUUUGACAUAUCUGGACUAUGGAAACUCGGAGACGAUUCCGUGGUCUCGAUUGCGACCUUUGACUCAACCACAAUUCUCGACUCAAAGGCUCAAGCCACAAGCCACGGAUGCGGUAUUGUCUUUCUUGCAAUUACCAACUUCCCAACAAUACCUUCAUGAAACGGUAGACUUCAUCGCAGAACAGACUGAUGGACGAGAACUGGUGGCCAAUGUCGACUAUGUCGCUCCGGAAGGAACGUUAUAUAUCUCCUUGCUCGACCCGAAGGUGUCGACCAAGAUUGAUGAAAGUAUCAAUGCGGAGGUGGUUCGAGAAGGGUUGGCAAUGGUACCAACCAAGCUCAAGGCCUGGGAACGACAGGCAGGAGACACAUUGACGAAGCUGAAAGAGCUUCAGGAUGAGGCAAAAAAGGAUCGAAGGGGUAUGUGGGAGUAUGGGGACUUGACUGAAGAUUAG